AGCGAACUGAAAACGUUAGGCCUAGUGAGGGGUGGGAGGGAGAGCGCUUCCGAACUCAGGCAGCCAGUCGGCGCCCCGAACCCUGCGCGGGAAGAUAGCAUGGGUGUGGUCCUUAUCCCCCUCCCCGCGGAACGCCGGCUGGGUUUGUCUUGAGACCUGUACCUCUUCUUUCCCCCUCAUUUUUCUCGCCUCUCUCUUUGGGCUUCCCAAUGGGUCGGACCGUGGUCGUCCUGGGCGGAGGCAUUAGCGGCUUGGCCGCCAGUUACCACCUGAGCCGGGCCUCCUGUCCGCCCAAGGUGGUCUUGGUGGAGGGCAGCAAGCGCCUAGGAGGCUGGAUUCGCUCAGUAAGAGGACCAGAUGGUGCUAUCUUUGAACUUGGACCUCGAGGAAUUCGGCCUGCAGGAGCCCUGGGAGCCCGGACCCUGCUCAUGUUUCUCCUCUUCUUGAGGACAUGUGGAGAGCAGGUUUCUGAGCUUGGCUUGGACUCACAAGUGUUACCUGUCCGGGGAGACCAUCCAGCUGCCCAGAACAGGUUCCUGUAUGUAGGUGGUGCCCUGCACGCCCUGCCCUCUGGCAUCAGGGGGCUACUUCGCCCUUCACCUCCCUUCUCCAAACCUCUGUUUUGGGCUGGGCUAAGGGAGUUGACCACACCCCGGGGGAAAGACCCUGAUGAGACUGUGCACAGUUUUGCCCAGCGCCGCCUUGGUCCUGAGGUGGCGUCUCUAGCCAUGGACAGUCUCUGCCGUGGAGUGUUUGCUGGCAACAGCCGUGAGCUCAGCAUCAGGUCCUGCUUUCCCAGUCUCUUCCAAGCUGAGCAAACCCAUCGUUCCAUAUUACUGGGGCUGCUGCUGGGGGCAGGGCGGAGCCCACAGCCAGACUCAGCUCUCAUUCACCAAGCUAGGGCUGAGCGCUGGAGCCAGUGGUCACUCCGUGGAGGGCUGGAGACGUUGCCCCAGGCCCUUAACACCUACCUGACUAGUAGGGGUGUCAGUAUUCUCAAAGGCCAGCCAGUCUGUGGGCUUAGCCUCCAGGCAGGAGGGCGCUGGAAGGUGUCUCUAGGGCACAGCAGCCUGGAGGCUGACCACAUUAUUAGUGCCGUUCCAGCUUCAGUACUCAGCAAGCUGCUCCCUACUGAGGCUGCACCUCUGGCUCGUGCCUUGAGUACCAUCACUGCUGUGUCUGUGGCUGUGGUGAAUCUACAAUACCAAGGAGCUCGUCUGCCUGUCCAGGGAUUUGGACAUUUGGUGCCAUCCUCCGAAGAUCCAGGCAUCCUGGGAAUCGUGUAUGACUCAGUCGCUUUCCCUGAGCACGAUGGGAGCCCCCCUGGUCUCAGACUAACUGUGAUGCUGGGAGGUUCCUGGUUACAGAUGCUGGAAGCCAAGGGCUGUGUCUUAUCUCAGGAGCUGUUCCAACAGAAGGCAGAGAAAGCAGCUGCCACACAAUUAGGUCUGAAGGAGCCACCAAGUCACUGCUUGGUCCAUCUACACAAAAACUCCAUCCCUCAGUAUACACUAGGCCAUUGGCAAAAACUGGAGUCAGCUACCCAAUUCCUGGCUGCUCAAAAGCUGCCCUUGACUCUGGCCGGAGCCUCCUAUGAGGGCGUUGCUGUCAAUGAUUGCAUAGAGAGUGGGCGCCAGGCAGCAGUCCAGGUCCUAGGCAUAGAACCUAACAGUUGAUCCUCAAUUCCCACAUCUUCCUGCCUCCUGCGGGUGGGGAUUCUCUUACCCAUGAAAAUAAAAGUUGCUGGAGUUUA